AUGUCAAUUAACCCUCAGCUCGAUAACGGUGCCUUCCAUCGGGCAAGUGCCACUCUUGAUGCCGAUCGAUGGCUUGACGAGUUCAUGACCGAUGAUGUCGAGAUGCAAUACGCAAACAGCCCUGUUAUCAAGGGCGACGAGGUACGACAGAUGUUCAAAACUGUCCUCGGUCAGCUAGACAAGAUGACCCAUGAGAUUCGCUACUUUGACUACGUCGCUCCUCGCAUCUAUCAAGCUGCUACUAUCCGUUACAUUGUCAAGGGUGACAACCCAGACACCGACGAAAUCACUAUACCCGGUUUUGCGGUGUUCGCUCUUCGAGAGCAGGACGAUGGACGUGUGAAAUGCUAUCGGGCAGAGACCUUUUUGGAUGCGUCAGCUGUGUUUCAACGGAUCGCUGAAAAGUCCAGCCAGUCAUGA